GGCUUCGGAGGUUUAGGGGAAGCGGAGUGGGUGGCCGGUGGGCCGCAGCGGUCUCCCAACAACCUUUGUGUAGAGCCGUUCACUCCUCGGGCGGCUGCGGUGGGCACACCCGGGGGCGUCGGCCACCGCGGACAGGUUAGCGUGGGGGAGGGGACGAGCACCGAAGUAGCCCUUCUCCAGCCAGUGAGUCCAAGCCAGCCCAUCUCCCACCAUGUCCGACGAGACGUCGGCCACCACUUCCUACGAGAAGUUUCUAACCCCAGAGGAACCCUUUCCGCUCCUAGGAGCACCUCGCGGGGUAGGCACCUGCCCCAGCGAGGAACCCGGGUGCUUGGACAUCAGCGACUUUGGCUGCCAGCUCUCUUCCUGCCAUCGCACGGAUCCGCUCCACCGGUUUCACACCAACAGGUGGAACCUCACUUCUUGUGGUACGAGUGUGGCGAGCUCAGAGUGUAGCGAAGAGCUGUUCUCAUCAGUUUCUGUUGGUGAUCAAGAUGAUUGCUACUCUCUGCUAGAUGAUCAAGACUUCACUUCUUUUGACUUAUUCCCCGAAGGAAGUGUCUGCAGUGAUGUCUCCUCUUCUAUCAGCACGUACUGGGAUUGGUCAGAUAGCGAAUUUGAGUGGCAGUUACCAGGCAGUGACAUUGCCAGUGGAAGUGAUGUACUUUCUGACGUCAUACCUAGUAUUCCAAGUUCGCCUUGUCUGCUCUCUAAAAAGAAAAACAAGCACCGGAAUCUAGAUGAACUUGCUUGGAGUGCGAUGACAAAUGAUGAGCAGGUGGAAUAUAUUGAGUAUCUGAGCCGUAAAGUCAGUACUGAGAUGGGCCUUCGGGAGCAACUUGAUAUUAUUAAAAUCAUCGAUCCCUCUGCUCAAAUCUCCCCUACUGACAGUGAGUUCAUUAUUGAACUUAAUUGUCUCACAGAUGAAAAACUGAAGCAGGUCAGAAACUAUAUCAAGGAACAUAGCCCUCGCCAGCGGCCUGCAAGGGAGGCCUGGAAGAGAAGCAACUUUAGCUGUGCAAGCACCAGUGGAGUGAGCGGUGCCAGUGCCAGUGCCAGCAGCAGCAGUGCCAGCAUGGUCAGUUCUGCAAGCAGCAGUGGGUCCAGUGUUGGAAACUCUGCUUCAAACUCCAGUGCCAACAUGAGCCGAGCACACAGUGACAGCAACCUGUCUGCAAGUGCAGCAGAGCGGAUUCGGGAUUCAAAAAAGCGAUCCAAGCAGCGAAAGUUACAGCAGAAGGCCUUCCGCAAGAGGCAGCUGAAGGAGCAGAGGCAGGCCCGGAAGGAGCGGCUCAGUGGGCUCUUCCUUAAUGAAGAGGUGCUCUCCUUAAAAGUGACUGAGGAAGAUCAUGAAGCAGAUGUGGAUGUUUUGAUGUAAUCGGGUGAAUUGGUCGGCAUUCUUUCGAAGCGUUAUUCUCGCCUCAUUAGUUUACAUGCAUCUUGACCAAAAUUUUGGUUACGGUUGUGCUGAUAAUUUAGGCCAGUGGUUCUCCGAGGGUAGCCCCAGUACCAGCAGCUUUCAGCAUCACCUGAAAGACAUUAGAGUUAGAUCUGGAACCCCAUUCCAGACCCAUAGGCAGUGUGGAUUUAGAGCAGCACUGUAUUGUAACCAAUGCCAGGUUAUUCUCUCUUAAGGACCACUGGUAAACAUUUUAGCUACUAUCACUUUCUGGGGCGAAGUGGGCUUUUCAAAGUUAGGGGAUUUCAAAGUCCUGGUGACAAGUAGUGUAUUUUGUCAGUAUAUGUGUGGGGUCCAUAAUUCAGUUUCCUUCUUAAUGAUUAGAUUUCUGUAGUUUACCUUUUCUAGAGGGCCGUAGUAGAAUUCUUAGUUCCUAGGGGCAAAUCUUUUUUGAGGUGAGGGUGCACAUAAGGUAUGCAUUGCUGUUUACAAUAGUGCCUUCCUUAGGUUUAGUCCCAGCUUCACUAACCGU